UCACGUGAGCAGCUGGUGGGUCAUAUGACCGAGGGGAAAGGUCUUUCUGAUUGUACAGAAGCACAGAGGACAUUACACAAACCCGUCUCCCAGGUGCAUCGAAGUACGGAGAAAUAUAGUCUACAUUUUUCUAGUUGUGCUUAUACGUAACGUAGACUCAAAUAUCUGUAAACAGGAGCGUGGUGUGACGCGAUGAAGGUGAGCGGUGUGUUGUUGUGUGUGUUCCUGCUCUGGGUGGAGGGCUCCCAGGCUGAUACCCCGGCCAACUGCACAUAUGAAGACCUGUUGGGCUCCUGGGUGUUCCAAGUAUCGAAGGGGGGACAAGACAAAGGCAUCAACUGCUCCAUGAUGGACACCAUUGAUAAGUCGAUAACGGUGCGCCUGGAGAAGCUGUCUGUGGCGGUGGACGACCUGGGGAACACGGGAUUCUUCACCCUCAUCUACAAUCAGGGCUUUGAGGUUGUCCUCAACGACUACAAGUGGUUUGGCUUCUUCAAGUACUCUGAGCAGGGCUCUGAGGUGACCAGCUACUGUGACCAGACUCUGCCAGGCUGGGUCCAUGAUUCUCUGGGAAACAACUGGGCCUGCUUCACUGCCAAGAGGGUUGUCCCAACACCCCCUCGCUCCGUAGACACACACCGCUACCAUCCCAAUGACCUGUUGGUGUCGGUCUGUUUGCUCCUCCCCCAGGUUGGUGUCGGUCUGUUUGCUCCUCCCCCAGGUUGGUGUCGGUCUGUUUGCUCCUCCCCCAGGUUGGUGUCGGUCUGUUUGCUCCUCCCCCAGGUUGGUGUCGGUCUGUUUGCUCCUCCCCCAGGUUGGUGUCGGUCUGUUUGCUCCUCCCCCAGGUUGGUGUCGGUCUGUUUGCUCCUCCCCCAGGUUGGUGUCGGUCUGUUUGCUCCUCCCCCAGGUUGGUGUCGGUCUGUUUGCUCCUCCCCCAGGUUGGUGUCGGUCUGUUUGCUCCUCCCCCAGGUUGGUGUCGGUCUGUUUGCUCCUCCCCCAGGUUGGUGUCGGUCUGUUUGCUCCUCCCCCAGGUUGGUGUCGGUCUGUUUGCUCCUCCCCCAGGUUGGUGUCGGUCUGUUUGCUCCUCCCCCAGGUUGGUGUCGGUCUGUUUGCUCCUCCCCCAGGUUGGUGUCGGUCUGUUUGCUCCUCCCCCAGGUUGGUGUCGGUCUGUUUGCUCCUCCCCCAGGUUGGUGUCGGUCUGUUUGCUCCUCCCCCAGGUUGGUGUCGGUCUGUUUGCUCCUCCCCCAGGUUGGUGUCGGUCUGUUUGCUCCUCCCCCAGGUUGGUGUCGGUCUGUUUACUCCUCCUUCCCCUCCCCCAGGUUCCUCCAGAGGUCCUACAAACACAACCUGGACUUCAUUGACUCCAUCAACGUGGCCCAGAGCUCCUGGAAAGCCAUGGCCUACAGCGAACAUGAGACCUACACUCUGCAGCAGCUAAUGCACAGAGGGGGAGCAGCUUCACACAUCCCCAGACGUGUUGGCCCCGCCCCUGUGACAUCAACGCUAGCCAAGAUGGCGGCCGGCCUCCCUGAGCGCUGGGACUGGAGAGAUGUCAACGGAGUCAACUACCUCAGUCCUGUCCGCAACCAGGCUUCGUGUGGUAGCUGCUAUUCCUUUGCCUUAAUGGGAAUGUUGGAGGCUCGUGUCCGGCUCCAAACCAACAACACCGAGACUCCCAUCUUCAGCCCACAGCAGGUCGUGUCCUGCUCCCAGUACUCCCAAGGUUGUGACGGUGGUUUCCCCUACCUCAUUGGGAAGUACGUCCAGGACUUUGGGAUCGUGGAAGAGUCGUGUUAUCCGUACGCUGGGACAGAUUCCCCGUGUGACGUUCCCGAUGGCUGUCUCCGCCACUACACUUCGGACUACAGCUACGUCGGAGGGUUCUACGGAGGCUGCAGCGAGUCUGCCAUGAUGCUGGAACUGGUCAAGAACGGACCCAUGGGGGUGGCCUUUGAGGUGUAUCCUGACUUCAUGCACUACAAGGAGGGUAUCUACCACCACACAGGCCUCCAUGACCCCUACAACCCGUUUGAGCUGACCAACCACGCGGUGCUGCUGGUGGGCUACGGCCAAUGUCACGUCACGGGUCAGAAGUUCUGGGUGGUGAAGAACAGCUGGGGGACAAAGUGGGGCGAGGAGGGCUUCUUCAGGGUCAGACGGGGGUCUGACGAGUGUGCCAUUGAGAGCAUCGCUGUGGCAGCCAAGCCCAUCCCUAAACUGUAGAGGGUCUAUGGGGGUAGGAGGGAAAGGGUUCAUCUUUAGUUUUCCCAACUGGAACCUAGCCUGAAGUCUGCAAUGGCAUAUAAGGGUAAUAUUUUGUAGUUGUGAAGUUUGAAAUGGCUGGGACGUUGUCAGAAAUAAUCGGUAACUGUAAAAGUGUUCCCCAGGCUCACUGGACAGUCUGAUCCUUGCCAGUCAGAUGCAUUUUUGUGAAUGAUGCCAAAAGGGAACCUGCUAUAAUUCCCUGUAACUGGGAUUUGUAGUUUUAUUAGUAGUUAGUCUGGUGAUUGAUAGGAGGGCAGAGAACCUCUGCUCUUUAUCUGUAAUCUCAGGGGAGACUGUCCUGUGAUCUUAAAUAUAUUCCUUGUUGCUAGUCAUCUCUGUACUGUCCUCUCCUAUCUCUGCUGAUGCUGUAAAUUGGAGUCUCCUGGGAAUGUUGAAAGGGACUGGCUCAUGCUGUUGGAAGGGAUGCAGUAUGAUUCAAUGUUGGUACCUUUUUUUCUCACUUCAGAAGUGAUUGCCUUUCAUUAGAAAUGUCCGUUUUCCAAUAAGAUCACAUCAUGCAUGUUCAGAUUGUCUGCUUAUUUGAAAGAAAAUAAAGAAUCUUUUUAGAAAUA